AUGGCGAUCCCCCUGCACUCUCUCAUGAAUGUUCCCUGCGCCUUCGCAAUAUGCUUCCUCGUCUUGCUGUACUUGCGCUCUGUCAUCUCUUGGAGGGCUCGCGCACGCGGCAGGCCGCUCCCUCCCGGGCCCAAGAGGCUCCCCCUCGUCGGGAACUUGUUGAGCAUCCCGCGGUUCAAACCGUGGCUCGGUUUCCGCGAUCUGACUGCGCGAUAUGGUGAAAUCACAUAUCUCGAAGUUCUCGGCCAAUCAAUCCUCGUCCUCGGAAGCCCCAGCGUCAUCUUCGAGCUGCUCGAAAAGCGUUCCGCCAACUCAUCCGACAGGACAGUGUCGCCCCUCAUACAGCUUGCGGGACAAGGCUACAAUUUCGCGUUCAUGCCGUACGGUCAGUACUGGAGGCGCCACCGGCGAGCCUUCUGGCAGCAUUUCCACUCCGGAGUGUCGGAGAGCUACUGGCCUAUACAGCAGGCCUACGCACGCGACUUCCUGGUCAAGCUCCUCGAUAAGCCAACGCAACUCCGCGACCUCAUCCGAUACAACUUCUCUGCUGCUGCGAUGAAGGUCGUGUAUGACGCCGAGAUCGUGGACGAAAAGGACGACCGUAUCGAGAUGAUCGACGUCGGAUUCGCAGGCUUGCGGGAGCUCACCGUCUCCGUGCAGAUGCUGCUCGAGUUCCUGCCUGUCCUCGGACACCUACCUGACUGGAUGCCUGGCUCGGGCUUCGCCCGAACCCUGACAAGGUCGCAGGCGCCGAGUGACCAUCUAGUUCACGUCGAGUUUAACACGGCGAGGACUAAUGUGGAGCAGGGAGCGAAAGGCGCAUUCCUUGUCUCGGAGUUGCUUGCUAGACUUGGGCAAACCACGCAGACCAAGGAGGUCUUGGAGGAAGACGAGCUAAUCUCAAAAAAUGUCGCCGCCGUGGCCGUGGAAGGUGGCUCCGAUACGACCUUUUCCACGGUGGAAGGGCUCUUCCUCGCUCUCUCACACCACCCAGAAGUGCAGAAGAAGGCGCAAGCCGAGUUAGACACAGUCGUAGGCCCGCACCGCUUGCCCGAAUUCAGCGACCGCGACUCGCUCGUCUACAUCAACGCCAUUGUCAAAGAAGCAUUGCGUUGGCACAAUGUUCUCCCGCUCGGUGUUGGGCACAGGACUGUGGAGGAUGACGAGUUCCACGGCUACUUCAUUCCCGCCGGCACGACAGUCAUCGGGGGCGUAUGGGGCUGCGCGCACGACCCGGCGAUUUAUCCUGACCCGGACACGUUCAACCCAGAUCGUUUCAUCAAGGAUGGGCAGUUGGACCCUAAUGUUCUGGAUCCCGCCUCUCUAGUCUUCGGAUGGGGCCGACGGAUCUGUCCCGGAAGAUUUUUCGCCGACGCUGCGCUCUUCAUCACUGUCGCCUCGCUGCUGCACACCUUCGAGAUCACUCCGCCUCUCGACGCCUACGGGAACCCCAUAAGGAUCGAAUUGAAUGCGUCCCACGGAUUCCUCUCAUAUCCAGUAGAUUCCCGAUGCACCGUGAAACCUCGGUCGCCGGAAGCUGCUGCAUUGCUGAAGACUUCUCAUGCGCAGGAGAUCUCGGAGGAGGCCGUGUAA